CGGUGACAGAGGGCGGAAUCGCUGCUGCGUUGGCAUGAAAGAGAACAGAGGACUCCGUGUUGCUGCAGUGCUGACGAUUGUAUAGGGCUCUGCCAUGAAGGUGAAAUUGAAGAACGUUUUUGUCGUCUACUUCCUGGUGUCUGUCAUUGGCUUGAUGUACGCGCUGCUCCAGCUGGGGCAACCUUGUGACUGCACCCACCACCUAAAAUCAGCCAGUGAUCUCAUCCAUGCCAAGGAGAAGAAGCUCUCCCAACUACAGAAUGAGCUGAAGAGGCUGCAGGGCCGAGAAAAAGUACUGGAGCCUGCAGCGCCAGCACUGCCCAUCAUCUAUGCUAUCACGCCCACCUAUGCUAGGCUGGUGCAGAAGGCAGAGCUGGUGCGCCUGUUGCAGACCUUGAUGCAUGUGAAGAACCUUCACUGGAUCGUGGUGGAGGACUCACCAGUGAAGACCCAGCUGGUCUCCGAACUGCUAGCCCAGAGCAACCUGCGCUUCACGCAUCUCCAUGCAGAGACACCCAAGGAACACAAGCGCAAGGAGAAUGACCCCAAUUGGCUGAAACCACGAGGGGUGGAGCAGCGCAACUUGGCCCUCCAGUGGCUGCGGGAGAACCGCGAACUCAGUGACGAAGGGGUGGUGUACUUUGCUGAUGACGACAACACAUACAGCCUUCGCCUCUUCGAUGAAAUCCGCUCUACCAAGCGUGUCUCUGUAUGGCCCGUUGGCCUGGUGGGUGGCCUCCGCUUCGAGCGCCCUCUUGUCGAGGGUGGCAAAGUCGUGGGUUUUUAUACUGCCUGGAAGCCCAACCGACCCUUCCCCAUGGACAUGGCUGGCUUUGCCGUGGCCCUCCAGCUGCUGCUGGCCAAUCGCGAAGCUCGUUUUGACUUGCUGGCCGAACGUGGCUACCUAGAGAGCAGCCUGCUGCAGUCACUGGUGUCCAUUGAGGAGCUGGAGCCCAAAGCAGACAACUGCACCAAGGUCUUUGUCUGGCACACCCGGACAGAGAAGCCCAAGAUGAAGCAGGAGGAGCUGCUGCAAAAACAGGGCCUGGGCUCUGACCCCAGUAUCGAGGUCUGAUUGGACCCCCGUUCAGCUGUGUGAUGGAGCCAGCACCUCCCUCUGUGGGGUGCACCGUAGAGGAGGGUAGACCCGGCUGAACUGGAUGGGCCACCGAUGCCAGAACUCUUCCCCCCACUCCAUUCAUAAGAUGCACUGGAACUUUAUUUAUUGAGGAUGCCCUCGCCUUCCCACCCCCAGCAGGGACAGGAGGUGGACAAGCUCCAGUUCCAACAAGAAGAGACCUUUCAUAAAGUGCUGCUACCCCUUGGCCGGGGAAACUUGUCCAUUUCAGCCCUCCCUGCUUCUUUCUUCCUCAAAUGCCGCUGCCUUCUACUGGGUGAAGACCCCCGCCAACCCACUUCACCCUCUCCUUCCCCUAAAAAUUGAUUCCUGUUACCCUGAAUUCUCCCUGCUUUGCUUCAAAACAAAUCCCCUGGCCGCAAAGUAUUGUGGUUUGACGUACUACUCUGGCUGCUGUCUCCUAUGACAAGUCUGGAGCGCCAUGCUUAUCUGAUGGAGGGGCAGGGAGCCCGGAUUUGACCUGCAGUCAAGAUAGCUGCAAUCGAGGGGGGGGGGGGCAGGACUGAGAACCACAGAAAGCAGCAAAAAGGACUCCCCCCCCCUCUCCUUUGCCAAUUUGCCUCCAGAUCGUUGGAUCCUUUUCUCCCAUAUGAAGGAAAUGACCCUCGCCAAGCUGAGGGCCCAGUCGUGGGGAGGGGCCGGUUCCCCUUCCCUUGCGCUAUGAGUGUUUGUGUCACGCCUGCCCCAGUUGCAUGAAGCGGGUGGGUACUACAACGACAUGCAUGUUAACUGCUCAAUAAACAUUCUAAACCUCACACUUUCGAACGUGUGCUUUCCUUAAUCGUAACGAUUGCAUGCAGUCAAAUGGCAACCAAGGACUAUGAAAUUUCAAGGCAGGAGAGGAGCAGAGUUGGUUUGCCAUCGCCUUCCUCUUCAGAGCAGCCUUGGUCUUCCUUGGUGGUCUCCCAUCCAAGUACUAAUCGAUCCCU